AUUAUCAACCAUAAUAUUUUCCACCAUUGUUGUCUUGUACUAUUAUACAUGCCCAAUAUACCUGGUAUUAUUUCACACAUUUUUGUCAAAACUGAUGCAACCCGCUGUGUCUUUCUCGAAACCCGAUUCGAUUUUUAACCGUAUUUUGAUAUCGACGACCGGGAAAAAUUGGAGGGACAAUUUAUUGUGCAAAGUGUGACAAUCUCCAAAUCGCAUUCAUGGUUUUAUUGCCACAUAUUCAAAAUUCGUUAAUUCUUUCAACAAUGAUGUUCGUUGAUCCUUUUCAAAAUCUAAUUUCUGAUUUCAUUUUGAAAAUCUAAAAUUCUGAUUUUAUCGCAAAGUAUUCCUAAAUUUGAUAAAAUUUGAAGAUGAAUUCUUCUGGGAAUUCUGAGUCUUCCUCAAAAAGGAAUUCCAAGAAACCUAAAUAUUCUAGGUUCACACAACAAGAGCUGCCCGCUUGCAAACCAAUACUAACACCAGCAUGGGUUAUAUCAAUAUUUGUUGCUGUCGGAAUUCUCUUUAUACCUGUUGGAAUUCUUUCUUUGUCUGCAUCAGAGCAUGUUGUGGAGGUUGUGAGGGAGUAUGACACUGAAUGUAUUCCUCCUUCUCAGAGGAAUGAAAGGCUUAGUUAUAUUCAGAGUUCUAGCACCAAUAAAACAUGCUCAUUAAGCAUGACUGUUCCUAAGCAAAUGAAAAGUCCUAUUUAUAUAUACUAUCAGCUCGAGAACUUCUAUCAAAAUCAUCGGAGGUAUGUGAAAAGCCGAAAUGACAAACAAUUGAGAAAGAAGGGGAAUAAACUGUUGACGAAGGGAUGUGAACCAGAAGCAACUGUAGGCCCUGAUAAAUCCCCUAUUGUUCCUUGUGGCCUUAUUGCGUGGAGCCUGUUCAAUGAUACAUACCACUUUUCUGUUGAAUCAAAGUUACUUGAAGUCAACAAGAAGGGUAUAUCAUGGGAGAGUGAUCGUACACACAAGUUUGGAUCCGAUGUUUAUCCUAGAAACUUUCAAAUGGGCGACUUUAUCGGGGGUGGCAAACUGAAUUCAAACAUUCCUCUUAAUGAACAAGAAGAUCUUAUUGUAUGGAUGCGAACUGCAGCACUUCCAACUUUUAGGAAGUUAUAUGGGAAGAUAGAGCAGGAUCUUGAAGCUAAUCAGGAGCUAUCAGUGGUUCUACAUAAUAAUUACAACACUUACAGUUUUGGGGGCAAAAAGAAACUGGUUCUUUCUACAACAAGUUGGAUUGGUGGGAAAAAUGACUUCCUCGGCGUUGGGUUUCUCACUGUUGGAGGUAUCUCCCUGGCUAUUGCAGCAGCAUUCACACUGAUUUACAUUCUCAAGCCAAGGGCUAUUGGCGAUCCAUCCUAUCUAUCUUGGAACAGAAAUCCAGCAGGACACCUAAUUUAGUUCCUUUUUCCUACUAAUUUGAAUUAUUUUGUUUGUUUUCUUUACAAAUCUUGUGUAAUUAAGCCAUAAAUUACACUUGACUUUCCUCUAUUGUUUGAGGUUUUACUAGCAUAAUAAUAUGUCUUGAUAGUAGUAUUACUAGUAUAUAUUGAAUAUAAGCCAUUGUCACUCUUUUGCUUGGAUGAUGAUGGUGAUAUUACUCUUUCCGUAAAUGUUGCAAACUCUAUGAGACCUAAGAAGUAUACAGGUAAAUAUUACUACGCAGACGUAUAGAAUGUGUUUAGUUUGGGUGAAGACAUAUUUGUGUGGUUUAGUUUGGUUGAAAACCUACUCGACCCUGGGCAAGGAGGAGAUGGGCUUACGUCCAAGGCCCAUAAAAAAUUGUAAUUUGUAUGUGAUAUUUGAAUAUAGAUAUUAUUGUGUGAAAGAUAAGAGAGUUGACCAUCAUAGGUUAUAAUGCUU